AUGCUUUCGCGACAAGCUGUGAGGCGUUUUCCCUAUGCACUGCGAGGUUCUUCCGGUCGCAGUUCAGCUGCAACGCUGCACCGGACGCUUGCCACUCCUGCAGUGCCGCCUUCGCCCAACGACCCUUUCGCGAACGGUACCAAUGCCUACUAUGCAGACAUGAUGUAUAAACAUUGGAUACAGGACCCGAAGUCAGUUCAUGUCUCCUGGGACGCCUACUUCUCUGCAAUGGAACGGGGAGUGCCGAGUGCCAAGGCAUUCCAACCGCCUCCUCGCCUGAUCGUUCAACCCGCAGAUGGCGCACCAGCCCUACAUGCUGCAGGCGGCGCGGAACUUGAUGACCACUUAAAGGUACAACUGCUCGUUCGCGCAUACCAAGUUCGGGGGCAUCACCUAGCCGAAUUAGACCCGCUGGGCAUCUUAGACGCUGACCUCGCUGAUGUCCGGCCGCCCGAACUCGAACUCAGUCACUACGGAUUCACGCAGCGGGACCUGGAUAAACAAAUUGCUCUUGGGCCUGGUAUCCUACCCCACUUUGCAACGGAAGACCGCAAGACGAUGACACUCGGGGAAAUUAUCAAGACUUUGAAACGCAUAUAUUGUGGUGCCGUUGGCAUUCAGUACGUGCAUAUUCCGGAUAAGGAGCAAUGUGACUGGAUCAGAGAACGCACGGAAAUCCCUAAACCAUGGAACUACACUGUGGAGGAGAAACGAAUGAUCCUAGACCGCCUUAUUUGGUCUGAAUCUUUCGAGAAAUUCAUUGCGAGCAAAUACCCAAAUGAGAAGCGUUUCGGCCUCGAAGGCUGUGAGGCACUGAUUCCAGGCAUGAAAGCUCUCAUAGAUCGAUCAGUGGAUCACGGCGUCAAGCACGUCACUAUCGGGAUGCCCCACCGUGGGCGCCUCAAUGUACUGGCGAACGUCAUCCGCAAGCCCAUCGAAGCCAUCUUGAAUGAGUUCUCGGGUUCGGUUGAUGACGAUUCUUUGGCAGGGGAUGUCAAAUACCACCUCGGAGCCAAUUACGUGCGACCCACCCCAUCUGGAAAGAAGGUCUCACUAUCGUUGGUUGCUAAUCCAUCCCAUCUCGAGGCAGAAGAUCCACUCGUGCUCGGAAAGACGUAUGCUAUCCAAUACCUCGAAGGAGAUGAGAAGACACAUAAUGCGGCUAUGCCCGUGUUGCUUCAUGGUGAUGCCGCCUUUGCUGGCCAAGGUGUAGUGUACGAGACGAUGGGCUUCCACAACUUGCCAAAUUAUGGCACAGGAGGCACCAUUCAUCUUAUCGUCAACAACCAGAUUGGUUUCACUACCGACCCUCGCUUCGCCCGUUCGACUCCAUACCCGUCCGAUAUUGCCAAGGCCAUAGACGCCCCUAUUUUCCAUGUCAAUGGCGACAACGUCGAGGCUGUCAACUUUGUGUGCCAACUCGCAGCGGACUAUCGUGCCAAAUACAAGCGCGACGUUGUCAUUGACAUCGUCUGCUACCGCCGUUACGGGCACAACGAAACUGACCAACCGAGCUUCACUCAGCCUCGCAUGUACAAAGCGAUCGAGAAACAGCCUACACCGUUGACCCAAUACUCCAAGUUCUUGGUUUCAAGAGGCACUUUUACAGAGAAGGACAUCGAGGAACACAAGAAAUGGGUGUGGGGAAUGCUAGAGAAGGCCGCAGGUGGAGCAAAGGACUAUGUCCCUUCGAACAAUUGGCAGGAGGAGACACUCCCUACUCGCUCUACUGGCUCCGAUGAGAAGACGCUAAAACGCAUUGGGAGGGCUGUGUCACACUACCCUGCCGGGUUUACCCCUCAUCGCAACCUUGCCCGUAUCCUCACUACGCGGGGAAAGACUGUCGAAGAUGGCCGUAACAUCGACUGGUCAACUGCAGAGGCUCUUGCGUUCGGUGCUCUUGCUCUGGAAAAGGUUCACGUUCGCCUUUCGGGACAAGAUGUAGAGCGUGGAACCUUUUCGCAGCGUCACGCCGUCAUUCAUGACCAGAUCAACGAACAAAAAUAUGUCCCGCUGAAUAACCUGGAUUCAAAUCAAGCGCGCUUUGUAGUUUGCAACUCCUCGCUCUCUGAGUACGGCACGCUGGGCUUUGAACUCGGUUACUCCCUUGUGUCACCUGACUUCCUUACCAUCUGGGAAGCUCAAUUCGGAGACUUUGCCAACAAUGCUCAGUGUAUCAUCGAUCAAUUCAUUGCGUCAGGAGAACGCAAGUGGUUACAGCGCACGGGGUUGGUCGUGAAUCUUCCUCAUGGUUAUGACGGUCAAGGUCCGGAGCAUUCAAGUGGAAGAAUUGAGCGCUUCUUACAGCUUUGCGGUGACCACCCACAUAUCUUCCCUUCACCCGAAAAGAUUGAACGACAGCACCAGGACUGCAACAUGCAGGUCGUAUACCCGACUACGCCCGCUAAUUAUUUCCACGUCCUCCGUCGACAAGUGCAUCGCGAUUUCAGAAAACCACUCAUUUUAUUCUUCUCCAAAGCAUUGUUGCGGCAUCCUAAUGCUCGCUCUGACUUAUCAGAAAUGAUCGGCAAUACCCAUUUCCAGCGGUACUUGCCUGAACCUCAUCCGGAUCAUUUGAUGCCACCGGAACAAAUCCGUCGCCACAUCUUGUGCACAGGCCAGGUGUACCACACCCUUGUUCAGGAGCGCGAGCAGAAGGAUAUUAAAGACAUUGCGAUCAGCCGUGUGGAACAGCUAUCACCUUUUCCAUAUGAUCUUAUCACUCCUCAUCUCGAUAUGUACCCCAAUGCGGACCUCUUGUGGUGUCAGGAGGAGCCUCUGAACAAUGGAGCGUGGACAUAUGUAGGUCCUCGCAUAUUGACUGCUGCCAAUGGAACCCAGUAUCACCGGGGCAAGUACCCGCUCUAUGCUGGGCGGGAGCCCACAAGCUCUGUUGCAACGGGUAGCAAGAUUCAGCAUAAGAAGGAAAUUGAAGCCUUCCUAGAUUCUGCAUUUGCAUGAGGUCGCCGGUUUUGUGGUCGUCAGCGAGGUUGACUGCGUAUUUCCACAUACACUAUCCACUUCAGCCCGCCUCGUCUCUUGGGACCUUAUC